AUGCGGGGGCGCUCGCUAUGGACGCCGCUGUGGGGGCCCCAGGGGCCCGCAGCGCUGCGCCUGCAGCAGCGUGGCUGCGGGCUGCAGCAGCACGAGCAGCAGCAGGCGCGGGUGCUGUGCAGGCAGCAGCAGCAGCAGCAGCGGCACGAGCAGCAGCAGCAGCAGGAGCAGCAUGGGCAUCAGUACCGGCAGCAACAGCAGCAGCAGCUUCAUAGGCAGCAGCAGCUGCUGCGGCAAACCGUGGCCAGGCGCUGGCUGGUAGGAGUCGGCUGCACGCAAGCAGCGGUGAACUGCAGCAGCAACUGCAGCAGCAGCACCAGCAGCAGCACCAGGUUCUGGUGCAGCAGCAGUCUUAGGCUACUGAGCACUAACCGCAACGGCCCCAUUGAGUUGGAUACAGAGCCAAAUGAAGGCAACAGCAGCAGCAGCAGCAGCAACGACAGCAGCAGCAGCAGCAACGUCAGCAGCAGCAGCAGCAGCUGCAGAGGGCUGGGUGGUACUUGUCUGAAGUGCCAGCAAGCGUUUGAGGGAAUUAAAAUCAUCUGCAAGAACUGCGGUGCCGUGCUGCCGCCUGCCUACCCGUCGACGGGUCCUGUCUCUGCCUUUGCCAUAUUUGACCUUCCUGCUUCCUUUGAUGUCAACUUGCCAGUUCUUUCCGCUCGCUACAAACAGCUGCAGCAGCAGAUACACCCCGACAAGGCUGCGGACAAGUCAGAUGAAGAGCAGGCUCUGUGUGAAGUGCACCAGCGCCACAUUGCUGCUGCUGUCAAGACACUCCAAAACCCUGCCGCGAGGGCCGAGCAUUUGCUGCUGCUGCAGGGCCGAGGCUCUCCUGCUGCUCUCGACGACAGGAUCAAUGAGAGGGAAAUCCUCAUAGAAGUUAUGCAGAUUCACGAACGGCUGGACUCCUGCAAGACCCGAGACGACGUGGAUAAGCUAGCCAGCGCCGUAAAGGAGACUGUGGACGAGCUGGAGGCGCAGCUAUCAGCAGCAAUUAUGCUCGAGGACCUGACGGAAGCCAAGGCGUUGAUAAAGCGGCUGCGUCUUUAUUUCCGCGUUUUAGAAAGAACAGCAGACGCGGAUUUCUCCUAG